GCUGGAUUCUGGUUGACGAAUGUCUUUACCUCCGGCAGUUUCAUUCCUUCUAAACGUGCCUUCUGCUCUAACAGAUUCUUGCAUUGGGAGGAAUAUAGAAGUAAAAACGAAUGGGGAUUCGAUUGAUCUGUCUGUUUGCUUUUCUUCUUCAUGGAAAGAAUAAUGUGCAAGGAAGUUGUUAUUUGGGAAGUACAAUGACAUGUACUGAGUGCCUGAAAUUAGGACCACAAUGUGCGUGGUGUUCACAAAAGAAUUUUACAGGUUCCUUGGAUAUUGCUGCUAGAUGUGCUACUGUGGAAACUCUUUUGUCUAAAGGAUGUCUGAUAAGUCAUAUUGAAUUUCCUGUAUCGAAAAUUGAGAUUACCAAAAAUAAGCCACUCACAGAAGGUGUGCAGAAAAAUAAUUCACAUGCUACACAAAUUGCACCACAGAAGCUGGUUCUUAAACUUAGGCCUGGAAACGAGAUAACAUUUCAAGUCGACGUUCGUCAAACCGAAGAUUAUCCUGUAGAUUUGUACUACUUAAUGGAUCUCUCUGCUUCCAUGGACGAUGAUCUCAACAUGAUAAAAGAGUUAGGAUCCAGCCUUUCCAGAGAAAUGUCAAAAUUAACUAGCAACUUUCACCUAGGAUUUGGAUCAUUUGUUGAAAAGCCAGUUUCGCCCUACAUCAAAACAGUUCCAAAGGAAAUUGAGAACCCUUGCCAGAGUGUUCCCCAUUACUGCUUACCCACUUUUGGCUACAAGCAUGUUUUAUCUUUGACCAAGAAUGCAGAAAGCUUUAAUGAAAUUGUCAAAAAGCAGAGAAUUUCUGCAAAUAUCGACACACCGGAGGGAGGAUUUGAUGCAAUCAUGCAAGCCGCUGUUUGUAAAGAAAGGAUUGGAUGGCGGAACGGAUCUCUACAUCUGCUGGUUUUUGUUACGGACGCCGAUUCUCACUAUGGCAUGGACAGCAAACUGGCCGGUAUUGUGAUUCCAAAUGAUGGAAAAUGUCACCUGGACAGCAACAAUGAAUACGCCAUGUCUACUGUACUGGAAUACCCCACAAUUGGACAACUCAUAGACAAGCUUGUGGAAAACAAUAUUCUACUGAUUUUCGCCGUUACCAAAAACCACGUUCCAUUAUAUGAGAACUACGCAAAGCUGAUUCCUGGUGCCACCGUCGGUCACCUGCAUAAAGAUUCUGGAAAUAUCCUGCAGCUGAUUAUGACUGCCUACAAAGAGCUAAGGUCAGAAAUUGAACUUGAAGUGUCUGGAGACACAGACGGACUCAAUAUUUUCUUCACUGCAAUGUGCAGUAACGAGACCACCAUUACGAACAGCAAAAAGUGCCAGCGGAUAAGGGUUGGAGACAGAGUAUCUUUCAAUGUGACCAUCAAUUCAACAUCAUGUGCAAAGCAAAGCAGGCACAUCGUAAUAAAACCAGUGGGCCUUCAAGACCGGCUGGAGAUCGAGAUUCAGUCUGAAUGCGAUUGCCCGUGUCAGGCAGCAGCUGAAAAGCACAGUGCCGAGUGCAGCCAGGGACAGGGAGCGCUGGAGUGCGGAGUCUGCGUGUGUGAUCCGGGCUUCAUGGGCGCCGCGUGUGAAUGCAACGAAGAGUCGGCCAACAGCAGCUCGUGCACAGAGCUAGACUCGUGUAGCGGGCGAGGCGAGUGCUACUGUGGACAGUGUAUCUGCAACCCCUCUGUUUAUGGACACAUUUAUGGGACCCAUUGUGAAUGUGACAAUUUCUCCUGCGUCAGACACAAGGGACUCAUUUGUGGAGGUCACGGAGACUGUGAGUGCGGAGAGUGCGCGUGUCACAGCGGGUGGACAGGAGAAUACUGUAACUGCUCAACAGAUACAAGAGCCUGCGUGUCAGAGGACGGGGCGACCUGCAGCGGCAGAGGGGAAUGCGUGUGCGGCACCUGCGUGUGCAACAACCCCGGGGUUUCUGGAAGCACCUGUGAGAAGUGCCCUACGUGUGGGGACCCGUGCAAUUCCAGGAGGGCAUGUGUAGAAUGCCAUCUGUUGUCUGAAGCCGAGCAGCUACAGGAAUGUGCAGAGACAUGUAAAUUCGCGGAUGCCACGGUCAGCAAAGAUCAAGAUUUCUCCGAGGAUAAAUCUAUUUUCUGUUCCGUGCAAGGUGAAAAUAAAUGUGCUAUUACAUUUGGGAUAGCAACGGAUGAGCAGGGAAAGAAAGUCAUUUAUAACAUACGCCAAAAAGAUUGUCCUCAUGUUCCGGACAUUAUCAUGAUUGUUGUUGGUGUGUCCAUUGCCAUUGUUGUGAUUGGUAUUGGCGUGCUGUGUUUAUGGAAGCUCUUAGUAUCGUUACAUGACCGCAAAGAGGUCGCCAAGUUUGAAGCAGAGAGACUGAAGGCCAAAUGGGAUACGGGAACAAACCCUCUGUACAUAUGUUCGACAACUACAUUUAAAAACGUGACGUACAGGAAGCAAGAGAAACAGAAGGAUGGAAUAUUAUUGUGACGGCGUCCUGCGCUUUUGUUGGUCUGCUCAGUUGAACACUAUUGAUAGCUGGUUUAUCAUACUUUGCUUUUAGGGUUUAUGGUCUAGACCUUUUAGAGCGUAACGGCUAUAGCGAUAAAAAAUGUAAAUAAGAAAUCCAGUGGGAUCUUAGGAUAACGUAUCACUGUGAUAGCCUGUGGAGUUUGCUUUCAGCUGGACUGUGCAGUCUCCACACAAAAGGUUCUAAAAAGCUUCACGUUUAUGACGGUCCUCCUGUUGUGUGAACGGCACUUAGUUUUCUCACUGAAGUCCAAAUGACUCUACAUGGAACGGUUUAGGGUAUCGCAUCUCAGAUGUCAUAAAGCGUUCAGCGACAAAGCUCGGAGACGAACAUUGUCACUGGUAAUGGUUUUAGUAGAAAUGGUUGAGGUUCCUCUAAGCAUGGGAACGUGUCCAUUGCCAAGGGAAUGAGCCAAGGGGACCAGGCUUACAAUAUCAGCUACUUGACUAAUAGUCAAUUCACUGGAUGCUGCGGAUGAAGUUUUAUAACGAGCGCUGGCCCCAAAACAGAGCAUGUUCUACAAGAUAAUAUGUCCACAUUGUUUUAGGAUUACAAAAAAAUGUAUCAUUCAAAAGAACAAAUCUAUACAUUUUCAUGGCUUUUCUAUCUUUGUUACCAUAGUCCGCACAUUUGUAGAAUUUUCCUAAUUCGAACCUAACAACGACACUAUUUACGCUAUGUGUUUCCCUGUAACUCCGUGGGUUUAUCUAUCAUUUUUCUUAUCACGCCUUAAACUAUGGGGCUGUGGGUGCAAAGGAGCUUAAAGAUUAUCUAAAAGUUGGUAGAAGUAAUGGUGUUUGUCAUUAUAACGAUACAGUUAUGAUGUAACACGAAAAUAGUUCUUUCUCCCCUGUGUUGCGAAGCACCUACUGUUGUAUCAAGCCAGUGGUUCCAAUACUGAUUAGUGAAUAUGAUAAUGGUAUGUUACAAUUAUA